AUUAGUCCUAAUUGGCUCAUUUCUAAUAUUGUGUGGUUUAGUUUAGUCAUGAUUGACCCAUUUCUAACGUUGUGUGGUACGUCAUCUAAAUUAUUGCCCAGUGACGCCCACACUGCAACAACCCCGCCAUUUGGAACCUAAUCUUUGAAAACAAGGGUAUGUCAGCAGAUGUUACAAAGUGCACUGACAUGACUGAAACAAUGGAUGAAGAGAUGGAGGUUUGUCCCCUGUUGGAGGAGGUAGAGAAAGAACCAAAGGUUGAAGACCUGGCCGACUCACCAGAUAAGGCCCGAAAACCACGGAAUGAAAUGAGUAGAGACAUAACUGUAUCUCAAAUAGUUGAAGGGAAGAGGGAGAAGAAGACGGUGCAAAGACUUGAUUUCCAAGUUGCAAAACCUGCGAAGGUGCUGAAAGUUGAAAAUGGUGGCGGAGAUAAAUUGGGAGACAUUGCGCGAGUGAACCACCACCUCGGAAAGCUGAAGGUUCCAGAUCUGAAACCCCUUCAUACAAUUCUCUUUGAUAUGCCAGGUAAGAUUGCCACAAUGAGGAAAAACAUGCGGCUGUUCAAUGGCUUCCCGUUCGAGGUUGACAGUGAUCCCUAUAUAAAGAAGAAGGAGAGGAUGAUGAAGAUAACAUGCGUAAGAUUGAGGACCAUCUGCAAAGUGUUAGACCUGGAGAAGGGUGGAAACCAGUCAGUCCUCAUCGACAGGAUCAUGACUUUCCUCAUGAGUCCCAGAAUAUCAGGAAAACCUGUGAUCUCAAAGAGGAAGAAGAAGUCUAAGAAGAAUAUCUCAACCAAAGACUCUAAGAGCAAGACCAAGGCUAAGGCGAAGAGUACAUCCAGCAGCCCCCGGAAGGCCAAAGCAGAGAGCAAGUCCAAAGCCAUCGUCACUGAUUCCAGCAGUGAUGAUGACGACGAGCAAGGAGUCACAGUAGAACAAGAUGAGUCAGAAGCUGAAAAGAAGAGCGGGAAAUCGGGAAAGAGGGAAAAGGUGACGACCGAUGAAGAUACCGAUGAUUCUGAUGACUACGACGAAGAGGAGCCCAAGUCAAAUCCAGCAGCCAAGGGCAAUAGAACACCUGCCAAGAAGCGUACACAACCAGCAAAGAAGGCAGCUCCUGCCAAAAAGAAGACGAAAGAGGAAGAUUCCGACCAGUCCGAGUCUGAUUCAGACAAGGAUGAAGAAGAUGAGGAGGAGAAAGACAGCGAGAGUGAAGUUGAGAAGCCAAAAAAGAAACCAGCAGCUAAGAGGGCAGCACCGGCCAAGCCAGCAGCUAAGACCAAGAAAGCAGACAGCAGCAGUAACAAACAGAAAGAGACUGCCAACAAGGGCAAUGCACUCGACAGCUCGGAUGACGAUGAGCCGUUGAUCAAGAUGAUCAAGAAGCCUCCGACAGAUGAGCAGCUGAAGGAGACUGUGACGAGGCUGCUGAAAGACGCCAACCUGGAGGAGAUGACCAUGAAGAAGAUCUGCCAGAAAGUGUACGACACAUACCCAGAGCAUGACCUGACCAGCAGAAAGGACUAUGUCAAGCAGACGGUAAAAACGCUGAUUUCCUAAAGAACAUGAACGGUCCUUGUGACUAUUAACUGUGUGAAUGUUCCAAUGCUGGAAAAGGAUAAUCAAAAGAAUGUGCCUACCUUCUUAUAACUGCUCAAACCCCCAGUUUUACUUCUGUAUGUGUUUUUAUUUGAAUGAAAAUGUUUUUAUAUGUUUCCGUAUUAUGUCAUUUCCAACUUGACUGCACACUUCGCUUAGGUCAUAUUUAACAUGCUACUUAAGGCUUAUGCAUUUGAGUCAUCGCUUGUUAAUAAUCUGUGCUCUGUUAAUACACUUAACUUUACAGUUUUUCUACUGAUCCCAAGCAAAGGGUGUUAGGCUAAACGAACAGUGUUUAGAGAUUCAAGGUUGGUCACUGUAAAUGGAAAUAUGUCCUUAGGCAAUGCAUGAAUUCACACAUUGUUGAUUUAAAUUGAUUUCCUGAAUUGACCAGUCAAAAUGGAAUAAGGCCCCUCACUAUAGCUAUCCACUGCCUUCCUUCUUUGUCUUUUGUGGAGGAUUUCAAAUAUAGUAUUUCCCUCUGUGGUGUUGAUGCACAUGAAACAGCCUCAUAGCAACAAGGCAGUGGUAUAUAUGCUGGGGUGUAUUCACUAGGAACCAAACAGGGAGGGACCUACUGGAAUUUGACAAAUAGAAACUUGUUUUACGUUUGGAGUAAACUGUUUCUGUUGCAAAACGUUUUGGACUAAUGAUUCCACCCCUGAAUUCUUCCCGUUUUCCCUUCUCCCUAGGCAUUUUGUGUAAAAUCGUUUUGCAUGCCAAGCCUUUCAAUUGAGUUUUGAGAAGUAUUUAUUGUCACAGUCAAGUCUUCAAACAUAUUCCUUGAUAGCAUUUAUAAGACUUCAUGUUUUUAUAUGUAAAUGUGUACAUACAUUUGAGAAUCAUUCCCUUUUGAUGAGAUCCUGUUUUAGUCCUUAUUUUGUCUCUCUAUGAAGUACAGGAUGAUUAGAUGUAUGUAGUUGUUACCUUGCUCAAUGAAGAGUUGCAUAUUUUUGGUCAAUGUACCUUUGACAAAGUAACAGUGUCAUUGAAUGAAAUUGUCUUACAAUGUUCUGCAUAUCAAUUAAAUCAGAUUUUUGAACAAACA